AUGGACACGAUUGAGCCAUCUGGCGAGAGUCGACCUGAGAAAAGUUCAAGCGUUGGAGAUGAAUAUCGAACCUUCGUCCGCUCCAACACUAAUGCAGAUGUUACCAUGAGUACCGCCCGGCUGAACGAGAUGGUGGAAGCUGCGCCUGGUACUGAUGAUGAAAAGCUUCUCUGCAGUCGCCAAUUUCUUCGCAAGCAUAUUUUCACCAAGGAGUGUGAUACCAAUAUGAUCUCAUACCCUGUGCACGUGGCUGCUGAAAGCAACAAUGCCUCAGUAGGCAACCGGACUGAUGAUGCUGAGGGGCAGUUCAACCACCGCAAGAGGUGCUCGAUGCUUCGGUUGAAGAUGUCCAUCUCGAUAUCGAGAUGGCUACGGUUAAGCCAUCCGGCGAGAAUUAACAGGAGAACGCCGGUCCUGAGACUGAUGCGAUACCAUUUGGGUCCAUUGAAGACUGGCGAAACCCUGCAGAAUGUUUCCGCUUCUGAAACCGGCUGGAUGAUGAGUUGCACGGUUGCAAGAUCGGAGGCUUCAAGUGGAUGCGGGUACCUGUGUCGCAUUCAACAGAUUGACAGGUCUCCAGCGAUAAAGCUCACACCUCAUCGCGGUGCUGGAAUCUAG